CACCAGUGAGCAAAAAGCUUCAGUUUGUAACUAGCUCUUGAUCUUGCAGAGGAGCUAGUAAACCUGCUGCAGUGAGCACAUCAAGAUCAGCCAUGGCUUCCGGCUCAGCCCUCUUCGCCGCGGCGCUCGUCAUGGCGCUCGUGCUCGCGGGCAGCACCAGCAGCCACGCCGCACGCCGCCUCGCGGACACGGCACCGGCAGCUGCGCCCGCGGCCGUCCCGGGCAUUCCUGCCGCGCCGAAGCCGCCAGUGCCAACGGUGCCCGCGGUCGCUCUGCCACCGAUGCCCGCCGUGCCGACGGUGCCAGCGGCCACCGUGCCGCCGGUUCCCAAGGUUCCUGCCGUCCCCGCGGCGACCCUGCCACCCAUGCCGGCGGUGCCGGCGAUCCCCGCGGUGCCCACCACCGUGCCGAGCGCGGCGUUGCCACCCAUGCCGGCCGUUCCCGCCGUGCCGAAGGUGACGCUGCCUCCGAUGCCCGCCGUGCCUAAGGUCACCCUGCCACCGAUGCCCGCCGUCCCCAAGGUGACGCUGCCGCCGAUGCCCUCCGUCCCCAGCGUGCCGAUGCCAUUCUUGGCGCCUCCUCCUUCGGCAUAAUUCAGAGAUUCAGAGCAUUUGCGCCCAGUGUGCAUCUGUGAAGAAGUGUGUCGUCUGUCAUUGAUGUGGUGUCGAGUAUUCAAUUUCCUUUUCCGUUUGGUGUGGUGUUUUUCUGUAUUAUAUCCAUUUGUACUAUUAGCUAGUUGGAGAGUUCCCCGGGUUUUGUCAUUCAUUACAUUGUUAUAUGCUCGGCUAUGUAUGUAUAUGGGUUCGAUUUGGUCAUUUUUGUUUUAUUGUGUUUAAUAGUAUGGUUGAAGCUUUGCUUUGUGUCC